CUAUUUUCACACGCCAUUUUUACAGUAAAGUUUUUUUGUACUGAUGCUACAUCUUUGCAUACAGGCUUGAAGAGCAAGAAGUGUUGAAUUAUUAAUAUUAUUUUAGUGUUUAACCAUUAGUGAACAUUAGUCAUGGAUCGUGGCGGUUACGGUGGUGGUGCCGGACAGGGAUACAACAACUUUGCUGUUCCUCCACCAAAUUACCAACAAAUGCCAAAUAAAAGUGGUAACUACAAUGAGCCUCCACCUAAUUACAAUAAACCAGGCGGAAGUUAUGAUUCCGGUCAUCGUGGCUCGGGUGGUGGUGGUGGUGGCAGCGGCAGCGGCGGCGGCUCAUGGAAUGAUAGAGGAGGAAACUCUUAUGGAAAUGGAGGCGCCAGCAAGGACAACUACAACAAAGGACCUGGAGGUUACUCUGGUAGCAGCAGCGGUGGCGGCGGCGGCAGCAGCGGCGGCGGCAACGACAUGAUUACUCAGGAAGACACCAUCUUUGUCUCAGGAAUGGAUCCAUCUACCACAGAGCAAGAGAUUGAAACUCAUUUUGGUGCCAUUGGUAUAAUAAAGAAAGAUAAGCGUACUAUGAAACCAAAGAUUUGGUUAUAUAAGAAUAAAGAAACUGGCGCCUCCAAGGGAGAAGCCACUGUCACAUAUGAUGAUACAAAUGCCGCACAAUCGGCCAUUGAGUGGUUCGAUGGACGUGAAUUUAAUGGAUGCAGCAUUAAGGUCUCCUUGGCCCAACGACAAAAUAAUUGGAAUAAAGGAGGCGGUGGUCGUGGUGGCGGCUUUGGUGGUCGUAGCCGUGGUGGAGGCGGCGGUGGAGGUGGAGGCGGUGGCAAUCGCUUUGAUCGCGGCGGCGGUGGUGGUGGCGGCGGCGGCGGCGGCCGCUUCGACCGUGGUGGCGGCGGCGGAGGAGGCGGUGGUGGCGGCGGAGGUAAUGUCCAGCCACGUGAUGGUGAUUGGAAAUGCAACAGCUGCAACAACACCAAUUUCGCCUGGCGUAACGAGUGUAAUCGUUGCAAAACUCCCAAAAGCGGCGAUGAAGGUGGCAGCAGCGGCGGCGGCGGAGGCGGCUAUGGUGGAGGCGGCGGCGGUGGCAGUUACGGUGGCAUGAAUGACCGCGGAAACGAUCGUUCUGGUGGCGGAGGAUUCCAAAGCAGAGAUCGUAACUCAGGUGGAGGCGGCGGCGGUGGCUACUCCCGCUAUGGAAACGAUAGCGGAGGUGGUGGUCGUGGCCGCGGUGGUGGUGGAGGCGGAGGAGGAGGUGGUGGUGGUGGCCGUCGCGAUGGCGGUGGCUCCAUGCGUUCCCGACCAUAUUAAAGGACAAUAUGACAACGCAUGCAAUAAUAUAAUACAUCAACACAACAAUGAAAAAUGAUUUUUUCAUACUUAUACUUUACAUAUUAAUUAUAGCAAGUACUACUCCUCCUCCUGAUCGUCCUGCUCCAAUCCUUUUAAAUAUUUACCAGUCAGAAUGAGAAGCACGAGAAAAGCCGUAUUAAAACAUAAUAUUCAGUUUGUCAUCCAAAUACGAUCGGCUACAAACACACACACAAACGUAAACACACCUUUUGACUUAGAAUAUAAUCUAAUUUAACAAGAAAUAAAUGUAAUAGAUACAUACAAAUAAAACAACUAUACGUUAGACUGGUUAAAUAUUGACCCCUAAUGAGA